UUUGGAAGAUCUGUUCAGAUGGUCUACCUUCUUAUUUAAAUGGCUCCAGGUGCGACUGGUCUGGGGCGAUGGGACUAGUCUUCUCCUCUGAUCUUCUCCUCUCUCCUUCAUGACUCUUUUCUGUCCCCUCCGACCUCUCCUCACUCUGUUAAUACCUUUGAAUCUCAUGCAGUCCAACUAACCUCUCCCUGUCAACUCCUGCUAAUUGUACUGUACCGUCCCUCUGGGCCUCUCGCUCACUUUCUAGAUGAACUCGACUAUCUACUCUCCUCCCUCCCCGCUCUGUCUACCCCAACUGUCCUGUCAGGUGACUUCAAUAUCCAUCUCUCCAACUCCAGCCACUCUGCCAGAUUCAUCCCUCUCCUUCACUCCUUCGACUUCUGUCUCUCUCCAUCCCCUCCUACCCACAAAGCUGGCCGUCAAAUGGACCUCACCUUCUCCAGGGCCUGCUUCCCCUCCACCCUCUCUGUCACCCCCCUGGACCUCUCUGAUCACUAUUUCAUCUCCUUUUCUCUUUCUCUCCCCUCUCUCCCUGCUCCUCCUACCCCCACUGUCACCUCUCGCCGUAACCUCCGCUCUCUCUCCCCCUCUGACCUUGCCUCCACUGCUCUCUCACCUCCUUCCUAUCGACUCCUUCUCACAACUCUCUGUAGACUCUGCUACCUCCACCCUCUUCUCCUCCCUCACCUCCUCCCUCGACUCCCUCUGUCCCCUCAUCUCCCGACCUGCCCGCCCCUCCCCUCCCCAACCCUGGCUCUCCUCUGCGCUCCGCUCAGCAAGAAUCACACUGAGAUCUGCUGAAAAGAAAUGGAAGAGAACCAAACUCCCUGCUGCCUUAGACCUUUACCGCACUCUCCUCUCCUCCUUCUCCUCUACUCUCUCCUCUGCUAAAUGUACUUAUUUCCAAUCUGUAAUCCAAGCCUCCACUAACAACCCACGUAAACUAUUAUCUACCUUCUCCUCCCUCCUAAACCCUCCCCCCCUCCUCCUCCCUCAUCUGUCUCCUCUGAUGACUUUGCCUCCUUCUUCUCUUCUAAAAUCUCAGAUGUCCGCAAACUCUUUAACACCUCUCCCUCCCCCGCACACCCUCCUGCUCGAACCCCUACACCCACUGCAUCUCAUACUAACUCACCCUCCUUCUCCACCUUCUCGCCCCUCUCAGACUCUGACCUCUCCUCCUUGCUCCAGGGUCACAAACCCACCACGUGUGCCCUGGACCCCCUCCCCACUCACCUCUUUCAAGCUGCUGCUCCUGCUCUACUUCCCUUCAUCUCCUCCCUUCUCAACACCUCUCUCCUUUCUGGUCUCUUUCCCUCUGCCUUCAAAAAAGCCUCUAUCACUCCCCUCCUCAAAAAACCUACCCUUGACCCCACCUCCCUCCAGAGCUACCGUCCUGUCUCCCUCCUAACCUUCCUCUCCAAAACCCUCGAGCGGACUGUACACCGCCAGCUCUCUGCUUUCCUGUCCAAUCACUCUCUGCUCGACCCUCUCCAAUCUGGCUUCCGCGCUGCUUACUCCACUGAAACCACCCUCCUGUCUGUCACCAACUCUCUAAACUCUGCCCGAGCAGCCUCUCUAAACUCUGUCCUAAUUCUCCUCGACCUCUCUGCUGCCUUUGACACUGUCGAUCACUCUAUUCUACUAUCCUCUCUCGCUGACCUGGGAAUCUCUGGCACUGCUCUGGCCUGGUUCUCCUCCUACCUCUCCAACCGCACUUACCAGGUGACCUGGCGUGGAGCAACCUCCACCCCUCGCCCCCUCUCUCAACAGGAGUCCCCCAAGGGUCAGUCUUGGGUCCUCUCCUGUUCUCUCUCUACACCCGCUCCCUGGGCCCCCUCAUCGCAUCCUAUGGUUUCUCAUACCAUUUCUAUGCUGAUGAUGCUCAGAUUUUCCUCACCUUCCACACCUCUGACUCCACCAUCCCUUCCCGUAUCUCUACCUGUCUGUCUGCUAUUUCCUCCUGGAUGCACUCACAUCACCUCAAACUCAACCUCUCUAAAUCUGACCUCCUUUUCUUUCCAUCCUCCUCCUCCCCCUCCUCUGAUCUCUCUAUCUCUGUUCCUCUGGAAUCUACCACACUCUCCCCCUCUUCCUCCACUAAGAACCUCGGAGUCACCCUGGACCCCUGCCUCUCUUAUUCCCAGCACAUCUCCACUCUGGCACGCACUUGCCGAUUCUUCCUGAGCAACAUCCGAAGAAUCCGACCCUUCCUCACCAACUACGCCACCCAGCUCCUGGUCCAGGCCUUAGUACUCUCCCACCUAGACUACUGCAACUCCCUCCUGGCUGGCCUCCCUGCGUCCGCCACCCGUCCGCUCCAGCUCAUCCAGAACUCCGCUGCUCGCCUGGUGUUCUCUCUGCCUCGCUUCUCCCAUGCAACUUCACUACUCCGCUCACUCCACUGGCUCCCGAUCACCGCUCACAUCCAGUUCAAGACUCUUGUACUAGCCUACAGAUGCCUUGACCAGACUGCACCCAGCUACCUCCAGACCCUCAUCUCUCCCUACACCCCCACUCGACCUCUCCGCUCCGCCUGCACUAGAAGACUGGCUCUACCUCCUCUACGCUCCCCUUCCUCCAGAGCCCGCUCCUUCUCCACCCUCGCCCCGCAGUGGUGGAAUGACCUUCCUACAGAUGUCAGGACUGCCCAGUCCCUGACCACAUUCUGGCGCCUCCUCAAGACUCACCUUUCCUUCCUUAAAUGUGCUUUACUUGCUCUUAUCUGCCCCCUAUUUUACUGCAUUUAAUCCUGUACUUCAGAGUACUAUAAUCUGCCAAGUGUUUAAUUUGUAGUAUUUUGUAUUUAAUUAUAUCCUGAUGUAACUAUCACUGACACUGUUAUCUGCUGUAUUAUUGAAUUGUGAUUUGUCACACUUGUACUUACUUGAACCAAAGUCAUUGUAUUCAUCAUUGUAUUUAUCUUGCCCUUAAUUGUAUUAUUACUUGCACUGUGAUUCUUGAAAUGUAUUUGUUUACGACUGCAAGUCGCCCUGGAUAAGGGCGUCUGCUAAGAAAUAAAUAAUAAUAAUAAUAAUAAUAAUAAAUUCCUAAGACACUAUCCCCGGAGCAUCACACAUACAGUCGUUCAUGUAUCCUCAACCAGAAAAGGAGGAAACGGCUCUUCGGAUUUUGAUCCCCCUCAGCUGACAUAUUCCUGUAUAUUGUUAUUGUUAUGAAUAGAUGUAUUUUCAAAGAUCUUUAUACAUUUAUAAAUGCUUGAUUGAUUUUUUUUAUACCAAAUUCUUAAACCAAAGUGUUAUCACUUUUACUUUUAGAAGUGUCAUCCUUUUUGUACUGAAGGUUGAAAUAAUAAUAAUCCAGAUCUAUUGAGCCCUACCUGCUAGGAGGACCAAGUGUGUCACGCUUCUUGUCCUCAUCUCGAACUCCCAAUGUCAGCUGCUCACAGAGAAGCUUUAUUAGGUAAAAAGAAAAACAUUGAGACAUAAGAAACUCUGCACCCAACAAACAAAAGCACACAUGAUCACAUACCCAGGGGCGUGCGCAGGAAUAAAAACGGACCGCUAUGGGGGGCUGUGGCAAAGUGCCCCGCCCCUGUGUGCAUUUGUGUGUUCUGUGUAUGUAUGUAUGGGUGCGUAUGUUAAUGUUGGUGUAUAGAUUGGUACACGGGAUAUAAACGGGUCUGUGUUUCACGUGUGUUUAAAGUGUAUAAUUA